AGUUCUAUGUACCUUUGAGAUUGAUUAGGUUUUCGUUUCUGGGUCAUAAUAAUUGUUCGAUCUCUUUCUGGGUUUUGAUCAUCACUGUCUUCUUCUUCUUCUUCUCAAAUUAACAUAUGUCUCUAUACCUUCGUCUCGAGGCUUCUAAGCUAUGGAAGAGGUUCUGUUCGGAGACUGUUACAGAGAUCAAUCUUCUUUUUGAAAACUGGAGUUAUCUUCUCGCCGGAAUCAUCUUCCAGUACAUUCAUGGCUUGGCUGCUCGAGGAGCUCAUUAUUUUCAUAGACCCGGUCCAAUUCUUCCUGACGUUGGGUUUUAUCUUCUUCCGGAGCUUGGGCAAGAAAAAGCCUAUAUCAGUGAGACUGUAUUUAGUUUUAUUUUCCUAUCCUUUGCUUUGUGGACUUCUCAACCCUUCUUCCUAAAGACUAAAAAGUUCUAUACAGCACUCUUGUGGUGUAGGGUUCUUGCGUUUUUAGUUGUGUGUCAGAUUCUUCGAAUUAUAACAUUUUAUUCUACUAUGCUUCCUGGCCCAAAUUAUCAUUGUCGCGAGGGCUCAAGGCUUGCGAGGUUGCCACCUCCAGAUAACGCGCUUGAAGUUCUGUUAAUUAAUUCUCGAGGAAUAUUAUACGGUUGUGGUGACUUGAUAUUUUCAUCGCAUAUGAUCUUCUCCCUCGUAUUUGUGCGUACAUAUCAGAAAUAUGGCACCAAGAAGGUAGUAAAGCAAUGUGCUUGGUUAGUUGUGUUAAUUCAAAGUGUGUUGAUUGUGGCGUCGCGAAAACAUUAUACAGUGGAUGUCAUCGUUGCAUGGUACACUGUUAAUUUGGUGGUAUCUUAUGUUGACCAUAAAUUGCCCGAAAUGGCGGAUCGGUCUGGAGCUUAUCUGCCUGUAAGCAGCAAAGAUAGUGGAAGGAUCACAAGAGAAGAGAAUCAAAAGCCAACACAAAAUGGGAAUUCUGGAGAUCUUAUUGAAGGAAUUAGAAUUUAAUAUUGGUUAGAUUGGGUUGUAUACAAAUAGUUUUGCAUAGCCAUCCAUUAUAUCCCUUUUUUAUGUUGUAAAGUCUCAAAUUAAACGAAUGAAUGGAAGUUUCCAACUUGAUAACAUAAAGAAAAUGUAUUUAAAGUGAGAAAGAUUAAUGUUGUAUAAUUACAUUGACAUUGGUGGGUGAUAGAAGAAGAGACUAUGUAUAUAAAUUAUUGUAUCUUUAAUUGUUGGUUUGUUGAGGCAACAUUUGUUUAUAGAAAUUUCUAUAUUUGAUGUUGCAAAAAGUAAGAGUUCAUCUCUUCUUGUCUU